AUGACAUCGGAAAGUACACCAAUCGAUGCCUUUCAAGAACAGCCGAAAGUUGAAAGCCAGAAUCUGCCGCAAGACCAGCAACUGUCUCAAGCGCAGAUUCUUUCACAGGCUAAGCCGCAUCCACAAGAACAGCCACACGAACAGCCACAAGAAAAACAGAAGGAACAGUCGCAGGAAAAGCCGCAAGAACAGCCACAAAAGGAGCCACAGGAACAGCCAAAAGAGCAGCUGCAGACCCAAAUGGAGGCACCGCCGAAGCCUCAGCUGCAUGACCAGCCAUAUCAGGGACAGUUUCAGCCAGAUGUUCAGAUGAAAAAUGAGCCCCAAACACAGCGCCAAGAUCAGCAGCAGGAUCAGGAGAAGGCUCAGGUACAGGAUCAGAUGAAGGAUCAGCAGAAGAAUCAGCAGGGUGCUCAGCCACAGGCAAAUCCACAGCCUCGGCCAAAAACAAAAGGGCAGAUUCAGCAGCAGGCUUUAGAGGCCCCCACGCCGGUCGUUGAGGACAAGACCUUCGGCACAGUCGUCCUCCAGAUUUUGGGCCUAGCCGUAGCAAUUGCGCUAUUCACUGUCGUGCUAGCGUUCGUGUUCAAACGCCAUAAGUUCGCUGCGGCUUCAGGACCCGACCAUGCCAUGUGCUCCAGCAGCGCCUGCGACCGACUAGCAGGGGGUCUCAUUUCCAGUAUUCAGCCGGAGUUGGACCCUUGCGACGACUUUUACGCUUACGUAUGCGGACGGUACACUGGCAUGCAUUCUACUGGUGACGUCUUUAGCGACAUGGAGGCGGAGCUGUGGAGGCUGGUCAAAGACAAGGUUGUCUCAGGCACUGACCCUGCUUUUGCAACGGUAACAACAACGCCCAUGCCAUCGCGUAACUCCCUUCUGAACAAGAUACAGGCUCUGUUCGCGUCUUGCCUCCGGCCUCCCGUCAACGACUCCACAGCUCCCCUGAAGGUUUUCGUCGACAGUCAAGGGCUCGGAUUUUCCGGAAAAGCCACUGCAGUCGAUGCCGUGCUUAUCAUGUUGCGGCUAUCGUACCUGUAUGACGUACAGUCGGUGCUCAGCGCACACUUGCUCGCCGUGAUGUCCCAGCCUCGCGCUGUGCUUCUUAGGGCUUCGGUGAACAGGCACUACGUGCGAUGGCUGGGAGACAAGCCAGACAACGUGUCCUUCAGCUACCACGUUUUGCUGGACGUCUACGGUGAGGUGGAAAACGCGGAUAAAGUCGUCCAGCUCGUCAGCGCCACCGAGAACGUUGUACGCCGCUCAGCGAUGUCCGCAAUGAGUGCUAACGCAACCCCUCUGGAACCUAUUCUGGAAGACACGGAUUUCCGCUACUACGGAAACGGCGCCACGAAGACGCUUCUGUCGACGCUGCGCUCUUCGCUGUCACCCGAUACACUUCACCUCCUGGUGUCGUGGGACGUGGUUCGAACCAUGGCGCCCGUCGUGUCUCCCGCCACCGUGCCCGGAGAAGGGGGCACACGUUUCAGCCGCUGCUGGGGACUUGUCCAGCGCAGCCUCGGGGUUCCCGCCGUCAUGACGUAUCUGCUUCACAAUUUAGUUCCCAACACGACGGAAGCGCUUCACAAGAUGACGAAUGAGCUGCGCGCCACGUACAAUGCGCUUUUCAGCAACGAGGCCUUUAUUUGGAACUCCGUUCCAAGGACGACCCUCAUUGAGUUCCAGGAGCUUCAAGCGACGCCGCUUUUCUUUCCAUCGGGUGUUGAAUCGAAAGAACAGCUGGACGCCUUCUAUGAAGCCUACCCAUACACUCGCGAGGACGACAGUUUCCUCGAAAACUGGCUCACGGUGCACCGUCUGGUCGACGAGACUCAGAGGAAUGCUAGCGGGCUCGACAUCAGCAUCAUGUUGACGCCUAACGCGAUGACCCUCGCCUCUGCCACGACGAACAAGAUCGUGCUGCCGGCACCUGCCCUGUUGCUGCCUCUCUUCUCCGCGGACGCUCUCGCUUCGACGAAUUUCGCUGGACUCGGACACGUCCUGGCUCAUGGCAUGCUUCGCAAGCUCCAUAAUGCGCUGACAGGACCCGGCGAGAGCAACGGAAGCGCAGUUCUGGAACCGUACAACCAGUGUGUGCAACGGAGCUCGCCAAUCUACGAUCCCUCUCCUUCAGCUUCGGAUGCCGGCGCGACGUCAGAAAUCGACAGUGUGGCAGACCUCGUGGGCCUGCACGUCUCUUACGAGGCGUUCUCGGAGCGUUUGCAACGCCGUACUCUGCCGUACACUAACAUGACCGAACAGCAGGUCUUCUUCGCCAUGCACUGCUUCAAGUUUUGCAGGAUAGCGCCGGCGAUGCAAAGACUGCAGUACGCAACGCCGACCAGUGGACAGGACGCAGCUAGUAGGGCGUUCAAGGCGUCUCGCGAAAGGUGCAACGCACCUCUGAGGAACAUGAAGGCCUUUGCAGACGCCUUUAAGUGCAGGCCGUCAUCACCGAUGAAUCCGGACAGAAAGUGCACAUUCUGGUGA